AUGUACGAUUUCGACUCCUACUUUCCGAAUGAGAGAGAGAUCUAUGCCCUUGGCUAUGGACGUCAACCGUCCCAACUCCUCUUCCACCAUGUCCCGGUCAUCAUGCUGGACAGGGCGCCAAAGCCCGGCGGCAACAGUAUGAAAGCAUCAUCCGGAAUCAAUGGCGCACCGACUCGAUUCCAACCAAUCGACAACGACCAGGAGUUCUUCAACGACACCAUCAAAUCAGCCGGGACCCCGUUCACGACAUCUACAUCUACCGAGCGCCAUCGGCGCGAGCAACUCAUCACCACGCUCACACAGUCCUCCCCAGACGCCGUCUACUGGCUCACCGACGAAAAGGGGAUCGACCUGAGCAAAGUGACCCAAUUAGGCGGCCACAGCCAUCCCAGAACCCAUCGCGGGGCAGGCAAACGCCCCCCGGGCAACGCCAUCAUCACCACUCUGCUCGACUCCCUCAACGGGAACCCAUUGUUCGAGCUGCGGACAAACUCCAAAGUGACAAGAGUCCUCCGCGAAGCGGACGAAGUCCUCGGAGUCGAAUAUGCGGAAGAAAGCGCCGGCGUCAAAACCCUCCAUGGCCCUGUCGUAUUCGCGACGGGCGGUUUCGCCGGCGACGCACACGGCAUGCUGUCCAAGUACCGCCCGGAUCUUGCGGGCUUGCCGUCGACGAACGAGUUGCGCGAGGGCUCGCAGCCGCUGCUCGAGCAGGUGGGUGCGGCGCUGAUCGACAUGGAACAAGUCCAGGUCCAUCCGACGGGGUUUGUGGACCCGAAGGAGCCAUCUGCUGGUGUUAAGUUUCUGGCCGCGGAAGCUCUCCGUGGCGAAGGUGGUAUUUUGCUGCUGGGUGAUGGGAGGCGGUUUGUCAACGAGCUGGAGACCCGCGAACAUGUCACGAAUGCCGUCAUGAGUGCUGCUACCAGCCUGGAUACGCACGCGCGACAGUGGGAUCUCUCGUUAGUUCUGGACGAGGGCGCUGCAUCGGCGCUGGCCUCGCACAUUGAGUUCUACGUAUGGAAGGGUUUGAUGCGCAAGACGACCGUUAGCGAACUGGGCCAGGUGGCCGCCCAAACCAUCCAGGACUACGCGGAUGUUGUUGCUGGACGGAAGAGCGAUGCUUUUGGACGCAAGGCGUUUGGGAACUGGACCUUGACUGAUGUCAAGCCAGACUCGAUUAUAUACCUCGGGAAAGUCACGCCGGUCACGCAUUUCACUAUGGGAGGUGCGAUCUUCAACGAACAUAGUCAGGUUUUGGAUAAGAACGGAGCGCCGAUUCGAGGUCUCUGGGCUGCGGGCGAGGUCACCGGCGGACUCCAUGGACAGAAUCGGCUGGGUGGCUCGUCGUUGCUGGAAUGCGUGGUGUUUGUCGAUCUCCGACUCGGCCACCCGACUCUGGCUGCUGCGAGACAUAUCCGUCUGGGCCGCAUGCGUCUCAGCGAGCUGAUAUCCGUCCUCCAGCGCAUCAAAGAUAUCCGCCAGGAUUUUCUCAAGAUCAUAACUCUCCAGCCCCGACACACGGUCAUUCCGCGCGAAGCCGAACUCAUCGCGAUUAAUAUCCUCCUGGGACAAAUCCGCAGUCUUCCAGCGGUUCCGCAGCUCCUUCGCUCUCCUCAACUGUCUGAGCCGAUCCCCAGUUUUAAAAACACCCCGAAGGGGACUCGAUCGCGCCUCGAGAGCUUCUAUGACAUUCGCGUGGUAUCGAUGCAGCCCCAUCCCGUGCGCAUUCUUCGGCGCGGCGGACACGGCGAUCCCAAACACGCCCAGCAGAUGCACCAGGGCGCGCUCCAGCAGCGCGUAGUAUUCAUGGAAGUCGAGCUUAAACAUGAUCUCGGCGUGCGCCACAACCUCUGCCGGAGCUUCGCGUUGCGUCGCCAGGCGGUAUCCCUCCGCCAGGAACGGGAGUUUCCACUUUAA